AGUCGUCGUAUUCGCCGACUCAGCUCCAACUCGAACGGUUCUUUCGCGGCCGUUUACCGCUACUCUUCGGGUGUGUGUGUGUUUUUUUUUAUGCGGCUCCGUGUAAGCGCGUGCAAAUCAUCACUGCCUCUCGCUCGCACACGUGUGUGUAACGGCGUCCCCCGUGUUUGUGUACGUUCCUCUUUUUUUUCAAGUGCUAAAGUGUAAAAGUCAACAAAUACGAAAGAAGAUAACGAAAAACACAAAUAAAACGCAAAACACAACAAAACCACUGAGAAAAUGCAAGUUUCUUGAAACAAAACAUCAAUGUGAAACGGAUUACAAUCACUGAGAGCAGCAUCUUUAUUUGGAUAAAAAACGAAAAGCAUAUAGAAAAACCAAAAGCGCACGAGAUAGAAAAACAACAACUGGAUUGCAAGUGCAUUUGCAAUUACUUUGGAAAAAACAACAACAAAAUAUCGAAAAUAACCAAUUGGCAGCCAUGAAAAAGAUUUAAAAACACUUUAAGGAUACAGAUAACCAGCGAUCCAGAGCGAUUGGAAAUCCGAUAGAUAGGGAUUUCGACGCAGAGAUUUUCAUUGUGUCGCUGGGAAUAUAUAUCCAUACGCGGGUGGCAAUGCCACCGAGGCCCCUGUGGGCCCCUCCUGCCCCUGCCCAUGCAUCGAACGGGGUGCAGACGACUCGCGAUCGCCGCUGAAGGGUUAAAUCCUGCGCUUGCCAUUAACAAUAAUAAUAGUUGUAAUAAUUAAUAAACGACAAGAGCGGAACGCAACGUCGCGAAAACGAAAUAAAAACGCAUAAUUAAAUAAUAAAUAAUCGACAUAAAUCGUUAAGCAAAGUGCACUCUCGCACUCUCGGUACAGUGAACACCAGACACAAAAUGACUAUGAAAUCGAUGAAGUACUCCGAUUGUGAUACCAUCAUGGAUGGCUACAAUCCGGUGCCGCCGCCCCUGCCCCGCCGAGUGCCCCCCGUGCGAAAUAUCUACGCUGAGCCCUUUGCCCACGAGCCGAACCAUUCCAGCAGACUGGGCGGCCACCCACAACAGAUGCCGCAGAGUAUGUCAACUGGCAGCAACACAAUCGGCCAUGGUGGCAUCGAUCGCGGCGGCGUUGGACUGCCGAUGGGCGCUGGCACGAUGCCCGGCGGCGUGGGCGGUGGACCGGGGGGCGUGGCCGGUGGAGGACCCCAGGUGGGCGUCGGUCCGCCCGGGAGCGGUAACGGUGGCAAUUGCCAGAUAAGCGGCUCACAGCCGCUGGUCAUGCCCGGAUUCCCGUUGCGUAAUUCCCACUCAGCGCAUGCACCGCACUAUUCGCCAUAUUCGCCAUCCAGGUUUCACAUAGAUAAACGCUGUCAGCACCGAUGUUCCUGGAAAUGCUUGAGCAUCGCCUUAAUAUUCGUAUCCGUCGUCCUAACCGCCAUGUUGGCGUACUUUGCAGCUGUCAGCUCGAUGAAACCCAACAUGGACAGCACCAAUUGCAUCCUAGUCCAGGACGUCAAGUCACAGCCCCACGAUCUGCGCGGCGGACUGGCCAAGUCCAAUGAGAAGGGCGUGGCCACGGCCUUCCCCACGGAGGAAUCGAUCCAGACCAGCACCUCGGACCACGGCCAGAAUGGACACGGACUGAUGAACCCGUCGGCGGGCAGCGGAGGCAGCAACUCGGGCAUCCAGCAGCAGUUGCUGCUGCAGCAGCAGCAGCCGCACUCGAUCAACCAGCCGCUGACACCGCUGGACGCGACCAAUACCCAUCUGCAGGAUCACCACCAGCUGACCUACGGUGGCGCACUGCCCGGUGGUGUUGGCGGGAUUGGCCUGAGCGGCGGUGGCAUGAUGAAUGGUGGACUGAAUGGCGGACUGGGUGGCCAGUUGAUGCAGCAACCGGGUGGCGGCUUGAAUGGACACCACCAUCAGGCGCUGCAGCCGCAACUGGGCGGUGUGGUGGAGCUGAAGGAGUUCAAUGAGGCCUACCAUGCCACCAUACCCGCGUACCAGUUCUGGACCUUGGAAUUCCGCAACAAACAUCCCGCAUUCAUUCGCUUCAAUUUCACUUUGCCCUGGGGCGCACAUUUUGCGGUCUAUUCGCGCCGCAAUGUGGCGCCUUCGGUGACGCAACACGAUUUUGUGGAGUUCAUCAAGGGCGGACGACUGGAUAGCCACCUGAGACAUCGACGCAGCUCCGCGAAUGCCACCACAACUGGGCAAGAUGUGGAGCUGUAUCGCCAGGACAAGGACCAGAGUGCGGAAUCGGCUCAGGAUCAGGACUCGGAACAGGACGAGAGCCGCAGUUUCGACUCCAGCGAAUCGUACGACGUGGAGACACCCCUCGAUACGGCCAAACAGCAUCUGCAGCGGAUUGGCAAGCCCCAGAGCCACUGGGUGAACAAACGAUCCGCUGGCGAUGGCCUGCCCGCUCUGGAUGUCGAUGCCAUGACGGUGAACGUAUCCCUGCUGCAGUACUUGGACACCGGCCUGUGGUUCAUAUCCGUGUACAAUGACGAACUGGUGGCCCAUUCCGUAUCAUUGCUGGCCGAGGAGGCCGAGGGCGUCAGCACCACAUGCCCCAACGAUUGCUCCGGCAGGGGAAGCUGCUAUCUGGGCAAGUGCGACUGCAUCGAUGGCUACCAGGGCGUGGACUGCUCCAAGAGCGUCUGUCCGGUUCUGUGCUCGGCUCAUGGACACUACGGCGGAGGAGUGUGCCACUGCGAGGAGGGCUGGAAGGGCGCCGAGUGCGACAUUCCGGUGGGCGAGUGCGAGGUGCCCAACUGCUCCAGCCACGGACGCUGCAUCGAGGGCGAGUGCCACUGCGAGCGCGGCUGGAAAGGACCCUACUGCGAUCAACACGACUGCCUGGAUCCAUUGUGCUCCGGACACGGCACCUGCGUCGCCGGACAAUGCUAUUGCAAGGCCGGAUGGCAGGGCGAGGAUUGCGGCACGAUCGACCAGCAGGUGUACCAGUGCCUGCCCGGCUGCUCCGAGCACGGAACCUACGAUCUGGAAACGGGACAAUGUGUGUGCGAGCGCCACUGGACGGGCCCCGAUUGCUCCCAAGCCGUCUGCAGUUUGGAUUGCGGCCGGAACGGAGUGUGUGAGUCCGGAAAAUGCCGCUGCAAUUCCGGAUGGACGGGCAACCUGUGUGACCAGCUGCCCUGCGAUUCCCGCUGCUCGGAACACGGACAAUGCAAAAAUGGCACCUGCGUUUGCUCCCAAGGAUGGAAUGGUCGUCACUGCACACUGCCUGGCUGCGAAAAUGGUUGCUCUCGACAUGGGCAGUGUACCCUGGAAAAUGGCGAAUAUCGCUGCGAUUGCAUUGAAGGAUGGGCUGGAAGUGAUUGCUCCAUCGCACUGGAGCUGAACUGCAAGGAUAAUAUCGACAAUGAUGGCGAUGGAAUGACCGAUUGCUCUGACAGCGAGUGCUGCUCACAUCCCGCCUGCUCGGAGCACAUAAUGUGCCUAUCGUCCAACGAUCCCGUGGAGGUACUGCUGCGAAAACAACCGCCCUCGGUGACCGCAUCCUUCUACCAGAGGGUCAAAUUUUUGAUCGAGGAGAACUCGGUGCAGUCGUACGCCCACAUGGACGAGUACAGCGAGAACCGUGUAUCCGUAAUGCGUGGACAGGUGAUUACUCCCCAAGGACUCGGAAUUGUUGGCAUUCGGGUAUCCGUGGAUCGCGAUUCCCGAUUUGGAUUCACGCUAACUCGUCAAGGAGGCUGGUUCGAUGUGCUGGUGAAUGGCGGCGGGGCGGUGACCUUGCAGUUCCAGCGCUCCCCCUUCCGACCUCUGACCCGCACCGUCUUUGUGCCCUGGAACCGGAUCGUGGUCCUGCCGCCCGUGCAAAUGCAGCUCAGCGACGACGACGAGACGACCAGCAGGAAUAUCAAAGUGGCUCCACUGAAUCCAGCCCUGACGUUCCUCAACUCGAUCCACUACCACACGGCGGACGAGGCCAACGAUGCCAGCAAGGUGUGCAUGGAUCACGACCACGAGAAGCUGCGUCCCCAGCUGAUCAGCACCUGGAUGCCCAACGGAGUGGGCGCCAUGCCCGGCAAAAGGGUCAUCUUUGCCGAGACUCAGAUCGUCCAAGAAUCCAUCCAGAUUCCGGGCUCGGACCUCCAUCUGACCUAUCAGUCCUCGCAGGCCAGUGGCUAUCUGAGCAUAGUGCGCAUGCGCCUAACCGGCGAAACGAUUCCGCCCACUCUGACCCACGUGCAUGUGGGUGUGGAGAUCGAGGGAGCCCUCCAUGUGAAGACCUACGAGGCAGAUCCCAGUUUGGUGCACACCUUCGCGUGGAACAAGCGCAAUGUCUACCGGCAAAAGGUGUACGGAGUGACUGUGGCCCGCAUUUCGGUGGGCUAUCAGCACAGCACCUGCCAAUCGCCCGUUUGGAUUGCCCAGACGGCCAAGCUGCAGGGCUACGAUGUGGAUAUAUCCGAUAUCGGCGGCUGGGGACUGGACAUACACCACCACUACAACUUCCACGAGGGCAUACUACAGAAGGGCGACGGCAGUACGCUGCACAUGAAGGAGUAUCCGAGAACCGUCAAGGUGGUCAUGGGCACCGGACUGCAGCGACCACUCACCUGCCCGGAUUACUGCAAUGGUGUGGCCAAGGAUGCCAAGCUGCUGACGCCCAUCGCCCUGGCCACCGGACCCGACGGCAGUCUCUAUGUGGGCGACUUCAAUCUGGUGCGUCGCAUCACGCCCGACGGCAAGGUGUACACCAUUCUGCAGUUGAGCGCCACCCAGGUGUCGUAUCAGUAUUACCUGGCUGUUUCGCCAGCCGAUGGCCAUCUGUACAUAUCGGAUCCGGAGAGGCAUCAGAUCCUGAGACUCGUGCGACUGGAGAAGGUCAAGGAUCCCAGUAUCAACAGUGAUCCCGUGGUGGGCAGUGGCCAGCGUUGCAUUCCUGGUGACGAGGGCAACUGCGGCGAUGGAGGACCGGCCCUAUUGGCUCGACUCUCGCAUCCCAAGGGCCUGGCAAUCGCAGCCGAUCGCACCAUGUACAUUGCUGAUGGCACCAAUAUACGCGCCGUGGAUCCCAAGGGCGUCAUUCACACUCUGAUCGGACACCAUGGCCAUCACAAUCACUGGAGUCCGGCUCCCUGCAGCGGCACCCUGAUGGCCAAUCAGGCGCAAUUGCAAUGGCCCACCGGCCUGGCCCUUAGUCCUCUGGACGGAUCCCUGCACUUCAUCGACGAUCGACUGGUCCUGCGACUCACCUCGGACAUGAAGAUCCGCGUGGUGGCCGGCACACCGCUGCACUGCAGCAAUGGCGGACAGGAUGGCCGGGUGAACAAGACGGGAGCGGACAAUGUCCUGGGCACCGUUCUUGCCAUGGCCUUCUCGCCCUUCGGCAAUCUCUAUAUUGCGGACAGCGAUUCGAGGAGGGUCAAUUCCAUUCGCGUGGUGGACACGGCCGGCAAUAUGCGAUACUUUGCCGGAAAACAAGAGGGCACGGGAUCUCAGACGUGCGACUGUGCGAUUGGAAGCGGCAGCAAUGGCAGCGCUGCCAACUCAGGAGUGGGCGGGGCCAGCGGUGGCGCCUACUCGACGACCGUCAAUCCAACGCGUCCGAAUGGCGGCACCACGCCCACCACCCCGUCGGGCGGAAACGGAAGCGGAAAUGGCAACGGUUCGUCGGCGACCUCGGCCGGUGGCUCAGUGGGAGGCUCAAACGGCAGCGGUGGUGGUGCAAACGGAGGUGCCUGCAUCUGUGCGGGCGGCAUCGCCCUGUCCACUGGUUCCGCAUCGAGCUCCGGCAGCAACGGCGGCGGCACCCUGGCCAGCAUCGUCGGCAGCGGCGGCCUGAUGUCCACCGGACCCACCACCACCACCACGGUGCUACUGGGCGCCAAGACCACGGCGGCGGGCAUAGGAGCGGCCACCUUGAACGACGACGGAACGCUCAGCAAUGCGGAGACGCUGCUAUCUUCCAAUGCCCGAUUCCAGGCCAUAUCCGCCAUUGCGGUGGCGCAAGAUGGAGUCAUCAAUGUGGCCGAUCAAGGAUCUCUGCACGUUUUGGCCUUGGAGCACUAUUUGCCCUCGCACGAUGAGAACGGCGAGUUCCACAUUCCCUUCCCGCCGUCCAGUGAGAUAUACGUGUUCAACCGAUAUGGCCAGCACGUGGCCACCAAGGAUCUGACCUCCGGUAAGACGCGCUAUAGCUUCCUGUACUCGAAGAACACCAGUUUCGGCCGAUUGUCAACGGUAACUGAUGCUUCCGGCAAUAAGAUCCAGUUCCUGCGCGACUACAGCAAUGUGGUGAGUUCCAUUGAGAACACGCAGGACCACAAAUCGGAGAUCCAGAUCAAUGGCAUUGGCAUCAUGACCAAGCUGAGCGAGAAGGGUCGCCAGGAGAUCGAGCUGGACUACGAUAGUAACACGGGUCUGCUGAAUUCGCGGUCCUCUGGCGGUGAGACAUACAUCUACCAGUACGAUGAGUUUGGACGGGUCACUGGCAUGAUACUGCCCAGCGGUGAGAUCGUGAGAAUCACCUCCCAGCUGGCCGAUAGCCAGGGUCUCACAGUGUACGUCCAUGCCUCCGUGGAGUCCCUUUUCUCGAGGGAACGGAUCGCCGGCGAGGCCAAUGAGCUGCUGGUUCUGGGCGGAGUGCGAUCCACUUUUCUGAAGCGCGGACAAGCCCACGCCGAUGCGGAACUGAAGGCUAACAACACCCUGGUUAUCCAUGGCGAUAAUGGCGUGGUGGUGGAGGCCUCUGCCGUGGCCAGACACCCCCUGCUGGAGGCAGCUCUGCCCGUGGAGGCGGAAAUGCUGGCCAUGUGGUCACAUCAAAGUGUCACCAUGGGCGAGGGACUGACCAACUCAAUGUACUCCGUCUACAGUUUGGUGGGCGAUGUUAGGAAUCCGCAGCAGACGCUCAACCGUGAGAUUUGGGUCAACCAGUCGCGGGUGAUUGGCGUGGAGUUCGAUCAGUUCACCAACCGGGAGACCUUCUACGAUGCCCGACGCACCCCGAUCCUGAUAGUGGCCUACGAUCAGUCUGGUCUGCCCAAAUCCUAUUACCCCACCAAUGGCUAUCCGGUAAACAUCACCUACGAUCGAUUCAAUCGCGUCGAGGGCUGGGCCUGGGGUCCAGCGGAGCUCAAGUACAGCUACGACCGACAUGGUUUGCUCUCGGAGAUUACCUCGCAGCAGGAUGGCAUCGUGUCCUUCGUGUACAAUGACUGGAAUCUGGUCUCUGAGAUCGGAUUGGCCAGCCAGCGAAAGUUUGUGCUGCAGUACGAUGAUGCCGGCGGUUUGAGGCAUGUGGUCCUGCCCUCCGGAACUCGACACAGCUUCAGCAUGCAGACCUCGAUUGGAUUCAUCCGCUGCACCUACACGCCGCCGGGCAGCACAAGGGCCUAUCUUCAGCACUACAGCCAUGCGGGAGCCCUGCUCCAGACGAUCCUACCGGGCGAUGGGGCCCGCAUCGUAUACCGCUACAAUGCCGCUGGCCAGUUGACGGAGGUGGUCCAUGGAGAUGGAAGGAGUGAAUUCCAGUACAACGAGGCCACCGGAAUGCCGAGCACCGUUUCGCACACGGAACGGGAAUUGGAGUACCGAUGGGACUUCGAGUAUGCCGCCGGCUUGCUGGCCGAGGAGAGGAUCGAUUAUGUGGCCAAAACGGGCCUGAGCAAUGCCAAGUUUAGCUACGAGUACGAUUCCCAGCUGCGAGUGGUGGCCCUGCAGGGCAGGAUCGGUGGUCAGAGUCUGCCGACACAGGCCUUUGCCUACGAUCCGCGCACGGGAAGACCCAGCCUGAUUGGGCAGUUCCGAUUCUCGCAGCCGGCGCAGAAUCAAACCCAAUUGCAUGACGGAACCGCCAGCUUCACACGGACGGUCGAUGGACGCUUCCAGACGCAGCGAAUGGCCCUAGCCAUCCAUCGGCUGGAGGUGUUCCGCAUGGAGUUCUCGUAUGGAGUGCACGGCAGGAUCUCGCAGACGCGCACCUACACGCGGAACAUGGCGGUAAACAGCUAUACGAAUGUGAAAAACUACACAUGGGACUGCGAUGGCCAGUUGGUGGGCGUGGAGGCCCAGGAACCGUGGGGCUUCCGGUACGAUGACAAUGGCAACCUGCUGUCGCUCACCUAUAGAGGCAACACGAUACCAAUGGAGUACAAUGCCCAGGACAGGAUUGUGAAGUUCGGCGAGGGGCAGUAUAAGUACGAUGCGAGGGGUCUUGUGGCCCAAAAUGCCAGAGAAGAGCGGUUCCAUUACAAUACCCAGGGCCUGCUUGUCCGGGCCUCCAAGCGGGGUCGCUUCGAUGUACGCUACUACUACGAUCAUCUGAAGCGUCUGACGACGCGAAAGGAUAACUUUGGCAAUGUCACACAGUUCUUCUACACCAACCAGCAACGACCUUACGAGGUCAGCCAGAUAUACUCGCCGCGGGAUGGCAAGCUAAUGUCACUGACCUACGACGAUGUGGGUCAUCUAAUCUACGCACAGGUGUACCGGCACAAGUACUAUGUGGCCACAGAUCAGAGUGGCACUCCACUGAUGCUCUUCAACCAGUACGGCGAGGGCAUUCGGGAGAUAAUGCGUUCACCAUUCGGUCACAUUGUCUACGAUUCCAAUCCAUAUCUGUAUCUGCCCAUCGAUUUCUGCGGCGGCAUUCUGGAUCAGGUGACCACGCUGGUGCACAUGGGCGAUGGUCGAGUAUAUGAUCCAUUGAUUGGCCAGUGGAUGUCGCCGGACUGGCAGCGUGUUGUGGAGAGGAUCAUCACACCGACGCGCUUGCAUCUGUACCGAUUCAAUGGCAACGAUCCCAUUAAUGUCGGCCACGAACGUCACUAUCCAGAGGACUUUGCCGCCUGGAUGCGCACCCUGGGCUACAAUGUGGGCAAUCUGGUGCCUCAAUUGGCCCGGGAUCUGUGGCAACCGCCAGCACUUUGGGGCCGACCACCCGCCAAUCCGGUGGCCCUGAAUCUGCGGCGACCCUUCGAUAACAUUCCCACCAUGGCGGUGGAGAGCGGCUUCCUGGCUCACCUAAACGUGCGCCGAAUGUCGGACUUCGAACAGCUGUCGGCACCACCGCGUUCCGCCCUCAAGUGCGAUGUGAUGGACCCAUCGCCCAAGACAAUCGGAUCCGAUACGGAGCCACCGUUUGGCAAGGGCAUUGUCGUCUCCCGUACCGCCGAUGGCCAAGCCAUAGUGUCCAGUGUACCAGCGGCGAAUGCCAUCUACCGGGAUGUCUACACUAGUGUAUUCAAUCGUUCCAAACUACUGCCAUUCACCUUUGUGGUUCACAAUGCCCAGCAGGACUCGUUCUUCUUCGUGAAGGAGGAUGCCUGGCGGGCCACCGAGGACAGGCAGCAGCUGAAGCGUCUGCAGGGUCAGGUGAACACCACGUUCCAUGAGAUCACAAGGGAGGCGACUGUGGGCAGUGGACCAGCGGGAGCAGCCAGUGGUGGUGCCGGCUCCUCAUCUUCCUCGUCGUCAUCAUCCGGUGGUGGCUCGUCCUCCAAUACGGGCAACUAUCUGGACGUUAAGAUUCACGGGGCACACGCCAUCAUUAAUCUGCGCUACGGCACCACAGUAGCCAAGGAGCAGCAGCGACUGAUGCACCACGCCAAGCUGACGGCGGUGCGAAAGGCGUGGCACCGCGAAAAGGAGGCACUCCGCAGCGGACUGACCACGGCACUCGAGUGGAGCCAGCAGGAGACCGAUGAGAUCCUGAAACAGAGCUAUGCCAAUAACUACGAGGGUGAGUACAUCCACGAUGUGAAUCUUUAUCCGGAACUGGCGGAGGAUCCGUACAACAUCAAGUUCGUGAAGAAGAAGGGCGCCACCGGCGGUGCGGCGGGAGUGCCCAAUUCGCGACGUCGACGCCGCAGAUCCACCGAUCUUAUCCAGGAGGACGAGGAGGAGCUCCACCGCGAAGCCGACUGUUAGCUCCGUAGGAAAUCCCUAAAAACCAGCCACUAAAACGCGAGGAGCGCAGUGAAAACCGAAGAACAGGAGACAUAAUUAUUUAUAUUUAUACAUAUAUAUAUAUAAACAUAUAUAUAUAUAUAUAUAUAUAUGUAGUACAUAAAUCUAUGUUAUCGAACCAGUUUUUUGAUGUCAAGGAACAUUAUAUAUAUAUAUAUAUACACGUAUACAUAAAAUAUUUUUUUUUAUUGUUAGCCACUAGAGAAAAGUAAAGAAAGAAAAUUAAUGAAAAUUAAGAAAGCGACAUGCCAACAUAAUCCCAUGUAGCUGCAUGUACGUUUAUAUAUGUGUGUGUGUGUGACGUCAGCUAAGCCGCAGAUACAUUUACAGUACAGAUACAGAUUACAGAUACAGCCGCGGAUAUAGACGAAGUUAUAGAUAUACAGAUACAUAUAUAUAUAUACAUCAUAUAUAUAUAUAUUCAUCAUAUAUAUAUAUAUAUUUAUAUAUAUAUAUAGUAUAUAUAUAUAAAGAUAAUGGAUAGUAUAGUGUAGUAGUCAUACGAGCAUAAAGCGUACCAUAACAUACAGAACAUAUGUACAUGCAUACUCACCACAAUAAGGGGCGCAGGAGGAAAAUUAGCGGGGCGGGAAAUUUAUGGGAAUGGGCGUAUCUAAUUUUUUUCGUGGUACUCGAGCUUUUUGAGACUGGCAUAGUUUUAAACAAAACCAAUUGAACGGCAACUGACCGACGGACCUUCAGGAGGUGAUCCCUUGGAUCUUCCAUUUGAUACCAACCAUCCAAUGUACAUAAGCGGAAAUGGAGAGAGAGGUGGCGGGAACGGAAACGGAAGUGGACAUUUUGAAGGACAGGCCCAGACCAAAACUCACACACACACACAUAGACACACCGACGGACUCACUACACUAGACAACCGGUUUUGGGGUUGUGGGAGAUUUUUGCUUAGCGAAAGCUUUCUCUCGUUUGCUUUGCACAGUGUCAGCUUUGAAAAUUAAAUGGAUAACAAAAAAAUAAGAAACGUAAUUAUAGAGAUCGAACAAGAAAAUGUAGCUGUUAGGUAAAGUGUUUUUUUUUUUUAAUAAAAUAUAAAAUGAUAUAUAUUAAAUAUAGAACACACACACACACAUAUUUAUAGCGAGAAACCUAUAGCUGUAAUGUUCUUAUAGAUAAGUUUAAGUUUCGUCCUACUUAAUUAAUUAAUUUAUUCAUUAUUAUUGUUCAUACAUAUAUGGCCGAGGCAAGGGCAAACACAUCCACAAUCCAAAAAAAUAAGAAAAAAAAUAUUAAAAAGUAUAUAUCGAACUAAUUUUAAUUAUACAUAUUAAUGCUAUUAUUAUGUGGAAAGUGAAAUGUUUUGUUAUUAUUUGUAAGUCUGCUUUUCUCGAACUCAGCUCAAUGCGGCCCAAAUAAACUCAACACCAUAAAACGAAUCGAAAUAAAUAAAGCUUAAAAACAGUAUUAAAAACAACACAAACACGAAAUAGAUAUAUGAUUUCAGCUUUGGAACCCAGAUCGAGAUCGUUGAGCUUUCCGUCCAAUUUGAUUGAGAUUGCCAGGGAUCCAGACAGAUAUUAGAUGCCAAUUAAAGUAGAAUUUGACCGGAUUAGUUGACCAAUUUUGCUUCGCUUUAGAAAAACCCCACUUUUUGCAGCUCGAAUUUCACUUAUUUUCCAUGAAUUGGUGCUUAUCGAAUUUAUUGCCACAACUAUAUGUGUAGGUAUAGUUAAAUAAUUGCGUGUGUGUGUUGAUCGUUUCCUUGCCUCCUAGAAACUAAGGAAAACAUUGCUAAUAACAAAAUACCGUAGAAAAGGAAAACAAAAGAUUGCUGAAUUAGUUGCGAGCAAGCAAGAAAACGAAAUUUUAUAAAAAUUACCAACUCGAAAACCAGACCACAAAACGAGGCCAAAACGAUCGAUCAAUUGGACAAGAAGGGAGCAUGGGGAGCCAGCCAAGUAGAACGCAGCUUAGAGCAGAAUGAGUGUCCGUUCAUGGAAGCGAGUGUUGUCCGCCGAAGAGCGACAGGUAUAUUGCUAAAUGUCCGCUCAAGAAAGAAAUUUUGUCCGUACAUCAGGUAGAGAGAAAGAGUCCGCGUGCGUGCGAUAGCGUUAUAUCAAAAAAUAUGAAUGGAAAUUCGGUGUCGCCCGACAUUUGCCGGAGUAUCUGUGUAUAUAUAUUAAGGCUAAUCAAGGUAAACUAGUGUUAUAUCGUAUAUGGCACCGUGCAUCGUAAUCUCUAGUUAUAUACAAGAAAAAAACAAAAUAUACAAGCUCACACAGAAGUGUGCGAACAUUUUUUUUGGCUUUUUUUUCUCCAUCGUUGUCGCGCCUAACUAGAUGUAAAAUAAACGAGACAAACUAUUGGAUAAAUGGCAUAUAUAAAUAUAAAUAAAUAUAUGUAAUAUGUAUAGGAGUCUAUAUGUUAGUUGUACGUGUGCGGGGUACCACUGUACUUUCCGCUCGAAUUUCUCCCAUCUGGUUUUUGAUUCGUUUCCAUUUCCGUUUCGUUGAUUGGCAAACCAAAACAAUUCGAAAAAGAGCAGGAGUCAGUUACCUAUUAGAAUUUGGCAAGCAUAAAAAGCAAACAAGCAACAAAAUGAAAACAAACAAAAAAAAAACGAAAUGAAAUUGCUUCAAAAGCAAACAAAAAAAGAUAAACAAAUGGCACACUAAAAUAAAUAUUAUUGAUUAGAGCAAACUAUAAAAUGGCUUGAGAACGGAGAAACCGAAAUAAAAUAGAGUAAAAGUAAAAUAUAAAACAAAACAGCAGACGCAGCAAGAAAUAUUUAUGUGUACAUAACUGAAAACCCAAGUAUUUUAGGAUAUUUAUGUUAGAGCUACACAAACUUCAACUUAAACCGAAGGACUAACUUACAACUAAACCUAAACUUAAUACUAAAAUAAUGCUAAAGUUGAAAGGCGAAAAAACGAUGAGAAAUACUUAGCAAAUAAAGAAACAGGGAAACAAUUGAGAUAAAUUAA